AUGAAUAAAAGUACUUGUCUAGGGACAGCAGAUACCCUGAGUGAGCUGUGGAGGCUUUACUGUCUGGCAUUCUCUCAGCGUUUCGUCAGAGCCAGACCCGCCUGUAGCUGAGGGUAGGCGUGCUCUGCUCCGGGAACAGGGGAGGUAAAACGCCGGAGAGGGAUUUCAAGAGCUAUAUUCAACCGGCAGGCUGGAGCCAGGCGCUUGCUCAGAAUGCGGCGAGGAGGUCACCAGACGACCACUCCAGCAGUCAGCAGCGUGCAGUCGCUUCCAAACCUGUGUAGAUGCACCCUGGUGGCGCUACUUCUUUCAUGUGGGGUCGCCAGGGUCUGGGGAGAAGAGCCGGGAUUCCCGCCAGCGGGGGCCACUCCACCACCUCUGGGUAUGGGAGAGAUAAUGACGCCUCUCAUUAGGACCUCCUGGCCUAGAGGGCCCAACGGCAGCCUGCCACAGUCAUCUGCACCACCGCAAAUGCCUAAUGGAGGAAGGACAGCAGGGACUCGGCCACGGACUCUUCCCCCUCCUCCAUGCCAAGGAUCUACGGAGAUCAAGGACACUUUCAAGUACAUCAACACAGUGGUGUCCUGCCUGGUAUUCCUGUUGGGCAUCAUCGGGAACUCCACCCUGCUAAGAAUCAUUUACAAGAAUAAGUGUAUGAGAAAUGGACCCAAUAUCUUGAUCGCCAGCCUGGCUCUGGGAGACUUGCUGCACAUCAUCAUUGACAUUCCCAUCAAUGUCUACAAGCUCCUUGCGGAGGACUGGCCCUUUGGAGCUGAGAUGUGCAAGCUGGUGCCUUUCAUACAGAAGGCCUCCGUGGGAAUCACUGUGCUGAGUCUAUGUGCUCUGAGCAUUGACAGAUAUCGAGCUGUUGCUUCCUGGAGUCGAAUUAAAGGAAUUGGGGUGCCAAAAUGGACAGCAGUAGAAAUUGUUUUAAUUUGGGUAGUCUCUGUGGUUCUGGCUGUUCCUGAAGCCAUCGGUUUCGAUAUGAUUACGAUGGACUACAAUGGAAGUUAUCUGCGAAUCUGCUUGCUUCAUCCCACUCAGAAAACAGCCUUCAUGAAGUUUUACAAGACAGCUAAAGAUUGGUGGCUAUUUAGCUUUUAUUUCUGCUUGCCGUUAGCCAUUACUGCAUUCUUUUAUACCCUGAUGACCUGUGAAAUGUUGAGAAAGAAGAGCGGCAUGCAAAUUGCAUUAAAUGAUCAUUUAAAGCAGAGACGGGAAGUGGCCAAAACAGUCUUUUGCCUGGUCCUUGUCUUUGCUCUGUGUUGGCUGCCCCUUCAUCUCAGUAGGAUUUUGAAGCUUACUCUUUAUGAUCAGAAUGAUCCCAGUAGAUGUGAGCUUUUGAGCUUUUUGUUGAUAUUGGACUACAUCGGCAUCAACAUGGCCUCCUUGAAUUCCUGCAUUAAUCCAAUAGCUCUGUAUUUGGUGAGCAAAAGAUUCAAAAACUGCUUUAAGUCAUGCUUAUGCUGCUGGUGCCAGUCAUUUGAAGAAAAACAGUCCUUGGAGGAAAAGCAGUCCUGCUUAAAGUUCAAAGCUAAUGACCAUGGAUACGACAACUUCCGUUCCAGUAAUAAAUACAGCUCAUCUUGAAAAGGAAUAUUCACUUAAUUUCUUUUCUUUUUCAAAAAAUUUUGGACAGAAAUCAUUAAAACAAUGAGAUAUUUGCCAAAAAAAAAAAAAAAAUACCUUCUGUGUUUGCACAAAAAAAGCAUGAAAAUGUAAGAGUGAUUAUUAACAUUAAUAAUUAUACAUGACAUUUUAUGAGCUGCUUACAAUUUGAAAAGGAGAAGGGUGAGAAUUAAGAAAGCCUCAUUGUUAAAGCACUUAAUUUUUUAGUUAGCACUUCAAAAUAGCUCUUAAUAACUUCCAGUAUAUUCAUACAUCAUUA